CAUGUGACCCCGCCUGACUGAACUGUAAAGAAUAACAAGGAAGUAGCAGCUAGCGUCUGUUUUGUUUUUAGUGUCUUAUACUGCUCAUGAUCUAUGUCUGUUUGUGAUUUAUAAUAGCCAGUCUCUCUAUGUAAUGAUUUCAGUCAUAUUCUAAGUGAACUAGCAGCUCAAAGACGGUGUUGAGUUAGAAACUACAGUGUUUCAAAGAGAAGAAGAAGAAAAAGAAUGGCAGACGAAGCGCCUUUCCAGUUUUUACACAACGAGUUGCUUCAGUAUAUUUAUAAGACAUCUGACAACGGAGAGACGGAAAAUGGAAGAAAUAUCACCAAACUGGAGAACAUGGGGUUCAGAGUCGGACAAGGACUAGUAGAGAGAAUGACUAAAGACACAGCAAGGUUCAAAGACGAGCUGGACGUCAUGAAGUUCAUCUGCAAAGACUUCUGGACCUGCGUGUUCAAGAAACAGAUCGACAACCUUCGAACCAAUCACCAGGGAAUCUACGUCCUGCAGGACAACAAGUUCAGGUUACUGAGUCAGCUGUCGGCGGGGAAACAGUAUCUGGAUCAAGCCCCGAAGUACCUGGCCUUCAGCUGCGGUCUGGUUCGAGGAGGUCUGUCUAACCUGGGAGUGAAGAGUAUCGUGACAGCCGAGGUUUCCGUCAUGCCUGCAUGUAAAUUCCAGGUGAUGAUCCAGAAGAUGUAGCAUCCUUCAAAGGUCACCCUCACCCUGCACUAAUGUUUGCCUUCAUUCAUCUCUGACUUUGUCAUAAAAGGGAAGUGCCAUCCGUCUUCAUUGUCAGUAAAACACACAUCUCUACUCUUUGAUGACCAUUGGUAAUAAUUAUCGUCAAUAUUAAUGAAAUUAAUAUCUAAAUGAUCGUUUCCAGUACCAUGCUGAUUUAUUCUGAGAUUAAUGUUAUAGUAAUUUUAAUUUUAAUCUGAGAGCGUCUCUCUGAAUGAAUGUGUGACAGAGUAUUGUAUAGAAAUGAUCAAUCAUGUAAAAAAUAACUUUAAUCCGUUGAUUAAGAUCUGUAUCUGUGUUAUAUUUUAAAGAGAAGUCCAUGUGUGUUUGUCCAAGCUUUACCAGUUUGUUAAAGUAACAUAAAUACUAUAUAGCUACAUAUAUAUAAAGGUUAAAAUGUAAUAUAUAACUCAAAGAAGUGGAGCCCAGUUUAGAUAAACCAAAAGAAGGGAUUCCACAGAGGCAGAGGAGUUCAUGGAGUAAUCCACUCCUCAGACUUCUUCAUGUGAUUUGAAUAAAAAAGACCUUUACCUGUGAUUACACAGCUCCCCACAGACUGAAGAGACUAACGAAGCACUGAGGAUAUCCGGCAAUACUAAAGCAUGAAACUUUAUGUUCUUUACCUCUUGUUUUUAAUAAAGAUGUUUUAUUGAAAA